AUGGCUAUGACCAUUGAGAUCGAGCCCGCUGGCGCUCACAUUGUCGUGUCGGUGCUCAUCAUGACCAUCGCUCUCAUCUGGAGCGUCGUGAAGUGCUUUGGCUUUGGCAAACCCAAGCAAGCUGACCCUACCCCGUUCACGGAUUCCCUCCCCGCCCUCGGUGACACACCCCUGACCGCGACCGAGCUCUCCCAUCGUCGCAAUCAGGAGACCAUGAAGAAGCAGAUCGCCUACCUCGAGCGCAACCGGCAACUCGCCUUCGCCGAGGUCUGCCGUGUAUACGCCCGCCGCAUCAAGAUCGACGAAAACAUCCACAACCUGAAGGAAGCCAUCAAGAAAGCCGAACUCCCCCGUGACAUCGGUCGCGUCGCCGAAAUGAAGAAGCGAAUUCGCCACUUUUGGAAAGAACAGGAGGAAUGUUACGGAAUGGUGGACGACAUCUCUCACCGUAUGUACCUCAUGCUUAUGCAGAGACUGACUCUCCGUCGUAAGAUUGAUCGGCUUGAUAUGCAGAUGGAGUGUAACCGUCUUGCGGAUAUUUUGUAUCCUCAGGUUCCCUUUGAGCUUCUGGAUGAUGUGAAGGAGGAUGUCAAGAAGUAG